AUGACGAACCCAACCCCUCACGCAACCUACAUGCAAAAAUGCAUCUCCCUGGCCGAACAAUCCCCACCACGUCCAACAAACUUCCGCGUCGGAGCAAUCCUUCUCUCCCGUAAAGACGACGACCCAACCGGGUCGCAGGACCAAAUCCUCUCCACGGGGUACACAAUGGAACUCGCCGGCAACACCCACGCCGAACAAUGCUGCUUCGCCAACUUCGCCGCCGUCCACAACGUCCCCGAAGACCAAGUCGCCUCGGUGUUACCCGCCGAACCAGGCCGAAAGCUCAUCAUGUACGUUACGAUGGAGCCCUGCGGGAAGCGAUUGUCGGGAAAUGCGCCGUGCGUGCAGCGCAUUACGCGGACGCGCGAGGGCGGGCGGGCUGGUAUCCAUAAGGUGUUUUUUGGGGUGAAGGAGCCUGGGACGUUUGUCGGGGAGUCGGAGGGGUGUAAGAUGUUGACGGCGGCGGGGAUUGAAUGGGAGCAUGUGGGUGGGUUUGAGAGGGAGAUUUUGACGGUUGCUACUGCUGGCCAUGAGGAUGGUGAGGCGGAGGUUAGGGCUGCGUUGGGGGAAGGACAGAAAGAGACGAAUGUAGAUGACAUUAGCCCUGAGGAGAAGAGGAGACAGGAGCAGAUUGCGCGGAAUCCGAAGAAGAGGAUGAUGGAAGGGGAGACGCCGUUAUAUUAG